CUGGGCCUGGGGCUGGACGGGCUUUCCUAGACCUGCGCUCGAGCCUGGGACCUUGUCAUUUAGGUUGGCGGAGAACAAGCGGGUUAUAAGGUUAACUGCACGGUUAUAAGAUCUAUUGGCUUGAAUGAAAGCCAACGGUCCUAGUUAUCAAAAAGCAAGUGUCUGCGUCAGUGGGGCACGGCCUGGCCUAACGUGAUCCCUGCUGGGUGAAGACUGCAAGUACUUAUCCUUCUGGGUGACACUGCUGCAAGUGCUGGACUGAGCUUGCUCCCCGCAGGUCGGGCUCCCUUCCUCCCAGGGGGUCCCUGGCAUGUUCCUUCUGGCACCAGAGGCACUUUCCUUAAACUUCCUCAUUUUUUCCUUUCUCCAGAAGUCAUCAGAUGGAUUUUGAAAUUGAACACACUUGGCACGGCUUUCCAGUGCAGCAUGAGCCGGUUUCUGUUGGGCUGCGUCCAGCUGAGGGAGGUGUGAUGAUGGCAGUCAGUGCUCCACUUUUCAAUGACCCGCCUGCACCCCUUGGAGAGCCAGGAGAGCCUUUCAGUGAGCUCUGGAACUAUGAAGUUGUAGAAGCAUUUUUCUUGAAUGAUGUAACUGAGCAGUAUUUAGAAGUUGAACUUUGUCCACACGGACAGCAUUUGGUGCUUUUUCUCUCUGGAAGAAGAAAUGUGUGGAAGCAAGAACUGGCUUUAUCAUUCAGAGUGUCUAAAGAAGACACAAAAUGGAAAGGCAAUGCUUAUCUUCCUUGGACAUAUUUUCCACCAAAUGUGACAAAAUUCAAUUCAUUUGCAAUUCACGGAUCAAACGAUAAAAGACACUAUGAAGCCCUUUACCCUGUGCCUCAGCAUGAGUUGCAAGAAGGACAGGUGCCUGACUUCCAUCGUCUAGAAUAUUUCAAGCCUUUCAGUUUUAACACACUGCUUGGAGAUGAAUGGAAGCAACCAGAAUCAGACCUAUGGCUAACAGAGAAACCUGAUGUGCAGGAAAUUAAUAGAUAACAAAUCCUGUAAACUAUAAAUUUCUCUUCACUUUUUAAGAUAAACAAGUAUAAUAUCUCUUCAGGCACCAUGAACAUAUUUCAGCCACAAACAUUUUCAUACAGGUCACUGAAAAUAUACUAUCUAUGUAGCAAAUUGUACAUGAUUAACAAGAAAAUGGAAAGAUUGUAGAUGAUUUCAUCUACAGUGUUGAGAUGGUUCUCAUAACUGUCUAAUCCAGUAUCUAGGAUGGUACUGUAGGGGCUGUUGAUUGCUGUGUGUAAGCAUCAUACCAAAUGUCUCUUACUCUCUUACCCAUGAACAUCAACCAGCUUGAAAAGAGAUAUUUUAAAGCUAUGUAAUAUAUAUUAAUUCUUCUACUCCGAAUCUUGAUACUAGAGCAUAGUGACCUAUUAUUUCAGUGGAAUAGAUUUGUAUCUGUUAAGACAUCCUUAAGAUUCACAAAUUAUGAAAACAGCUACUUUUCCUGUCUUAGAUGGAUUUUUACUGUGUAUAGAAAUAAAGUCUUGAAGUUAA